GAUGUAAAAUUAUCCAAAAUGAGCUAUGGAAGUAUUAAAAAUUGAUUUAGCACCCUUUUGGUACUUUUUUCGUCAGUUUUUCAACCUUUAUUGAUUUGAAACGCCUGUAAGUCAGUCAACCAAAAAUACACCAAUUUUGAAAAAUCGACGCGCUCAUCUUGUUUUUGAUUUCAAAUGUUUCUUAGGUUAGGUUAAUUGUUUUUGACAAGUAUUAUCGGCAAAAUGAGCGAAUUUAAGCUCCAGCACUUGGUUGCGGAACUUUUGAACUGUUUGGGUGCAAAAAAUCCCCCCGAAAAACUUGUAGAAGCGUUACAAAAAAGUAUCAGCAGUAGCACCGGCAAGGAAUGUUCAGGUUCACAAGUGGCAAUACAGAGUUACGUGCAACGUAUUGCCGAAGAUUUGAAAAAUUCGGAACCAUUUCUACUGAAAUUUGAAGAUCUAAAGCAGAAAAAUGUGGAUUGUUUAGGGCCGUACGUUCAGCUUCUGUAUCACAUAUCUCAAGAUAGUAGUGUUAGAAGCUUGUUAGGUAAAAUGGAUAAGCAUUCGGAGCAAAAAACCGAAAUAACGCGGGACGAUUUGCCACAAGUUAGGAAUCGGUUACGUCGGGAGGCUUUAAAACGGUCGCAAAAAGAGUGUUCUUCAAGCAGUAUUCUCAACACUAGUACUAAUCUUCCGAGGGCUAGCACCCCUUCUGUUACGUCUUGGGUCCAGAGACGGCCGACUUUAUCCUGCGAUUUUUCAACGCAAAGUUGUAGUACUAUUUGUCCAGCUGUUCCAGUUGUGUCUCAAGAAAACAUCCUGAUUAAAGAUCUGUUAGUUGUAUUAAUUGGUAUACCAGGCUGUUACAUCGAAGCAGAGGAGCUGAAUGAUCCUUACGCCCCUAGAACCUUUAAAAUAAACGAUAAUGUACCUCUGCCUCUGCAAGAACUUGUUAAACAAAUCUUGCCUAUCGCCAGUCAUUAUUCGCUAAUCCAGAGGUUUGCCGAAGAAAAGUUGAGGUUUGAGUUUGGGCAAGUUAAUAACGCCUUAGCUGAAGAAAUGAGCGCGAUUUUGAAAGAACAUCUAAUUUAUGUCACCCAACUUCAGGAUGAAUUUGAAGCUGAUAACUUAAAUUUGCAAAAACUUUGGUUUUAUGUACAGAAGCGGUUGCAGCCUUUUGGCAUUACAGCAAACAUUGCGACUAAGAUCAGCAAAUCGGAUGCCAAAGGGGGAAAAGUUUUAAGUUUGCUACAUGAUCACAUAAUUGGGUCAAUUGGUGAUGAAAGGACACAACAACGUUGUGUUAGUCUGAUGGAGGCUGCGUGUGUUCCGUAUAUGAAAAUGUUGGGAAUGUGGAUUUACAGAGGAAUUAUUUCUGAUCCAAUCAGUGAGUUUCUGGUAAAAGACAAUGAAGUCAUCCAGAAGGAAGACAUGCCGGUCGAUUAUUCAGCCGACUACUGGGAUAAAAAAUACUCAAUAGAACGGGAAAAGAUCCCGAAAUUUUUAGAGCCAGUCUCGGACAUAAUUCUAAAAGCUGGAAAAUACUUGAACGUAAUACGACAGUGUGGCAAGCCUGUGAAAAAUAAAAUACGACCAAUACUUUACAAAAUCGAAGAAAAGCACUACAUUGAAGCGAUCGAAAAUGCGUAUAAAUUUGCAAGCCAAACAUUACUCGAGCUAGUUGUGAAGGAAAAGGAUCUUUUGGGGAGACUGAGAUCCGUCAAACACUAUUUUCUCUUAGACCAGGGCGAUUUUAUCGUAACGUUUCUCACUUUGUGUGAAAAAGAACUGAGUAAAGAUGUUGGCGAUGUGAUUCAAGGGCGCAUCGAAUCGCUGAUGGAUCUGGCUUUGAGGCUGUCAAGCGCAGUGAGCGACCCAUACAAGGACGAUUUAAGGACCGAGCUCUUGCCCUAUGAUCUGCAAUUUCAAAUGAUGAAAAUACUCACAAUUCAGACAAAUAUGGAGCAAGACUUUCGGACCGCCUACGAGCGCCAGAAACUUCUCGUUAUUGACUCGUUCUCGUUCAGUUACGAAGUGCACUGGCCCUUGUCUUUGAUUCUGAACAGAAAAUCUCUGGCGUGUUACCAGAUGAUUUUUAGGCAUUUGUUCUAUUGCAAGUAUGUGGAGAGAAUGAUUUGCCAAGUUUGGAAGUGCAAUAAAGUUGCGAAAAAGUUCCAUUUUGACGAUGCGCAGCACUAUAGGGCCGCCUUUGCUCUGCGACAGAGGAUGUUACAUUGCGUUCAGAAUUUGGAAUAUCAUAUGAUGGUGGAGGUGAUUGAACCUCACUGGUGCUUAUUUCUGCAAAAAAUUUCCAAAGUCAACAACGUCGAUGAAAUAUUGUUUUGCCAUCGCGAUUUUUUGGAUAGCUGUCUGAAGGACUGCAUGCUCACAAUUCCUCCGAUUCUUCGCACGGUUACCAAGCUUUUGGCAAUUUGCGUGGAUUUCUGUCAAUUUAUGCAGAGGACGCAGAAAUACUUUGUGGAAGCUGAACUUGGUUCAUUACCAAGUUCUAUGUAUGAAUCAUUUCAUCAGAAUGAGAAAGCCUUCCAAGACAGUGCAAGCCACGCCUCCACAGCGCCAAGCUUCAAGGAAAGAAUUUCUCUAUUCGACGUACAAUUUUCAGUCGCUUUGGUAAACUUGCUGGAUCAGAUUAAUAAUUUAAACAAGGAUAGCAGUGAACACGACAGGCUCUUUAAUUUGUUAUACAGUUUAAGAAAAAUUUAAUUUUCCUUUCCUUUCUUCCUUUCGAUGAUUUAUUUCCCGUAUUUUGGCUGGACUUCAAUUCGUUUUAUUCUGGCGAUUUAAUGAAGAAGGAUUUUGGGACCAUCACAAUUGAAUCGUCUGGUUGAUUAGCUUAGAUGUACAAUUUUUUGGUGUAAUUUUGAUUUACAUCUAUAAGUUAGGGUUUAUGUAGAAUAUUUAUGUUAGCAUAGUUAAUUAAUAAAAAAUCAAAACCGCAA